UUGUUUCCUGCCUAACUGGGUGUGCCUCUGUAACACGAGAGCCACAUGACCAAUAGGAAGACAAACAGUCUGGAAGUUAGUGUAUUUCUUCCGCAAACUUUUUAAGUUUUUGCUGUGUUGUAAGAGGAGCAAGGGAGCAGGCCACAGUCCAACAACACUGAAACAGAACAUCUGAGUAACAUCAGCAAAGAUGGCAAACCAGCUACAGCAGCUUGUAGCGGACAAGAAGGACAUGGUGGAAACUGUGAUGGAAGUGUUUGAGCACGGAGCUGAACUGGUGGCCAGCAUCGCCGGCGACCUUUUCCCCAUUUUCUCCAUCGCUGCUCCCAUCGUUAAACUGGCUCUGGACAAUGUGGAAAGCAAAGAGGCGGCGUUCAUGAAGGAGCAGUUUCAGAAGGUGCGAGAUCGUCUGGAGGUGGUCUCCGAGGAGAUCCAGCGGAUCAACGAUGAGAUCAAGAAGAGCGGAUUGGAUGCUGUGUAUUUCCCAGUGGAGGAGAACAUCACUAACCAGUUCAGGAAGUACAUGGACAUCCUCAAUGCCAAACCCAAAUUCCGGGAGGUCAAGAAGAAGCUUUUCCUGGAUCAUUUUGCCAAGACAGGUGGUGACAAAAACAUUAUCACCCUCUACAACUCUGUGACGGGAGAUAACUUCUCAGGGGAAUCCGUGCUCGAGAUAACGCUGAACUACGAGGAGAAAAGUCGCCGACCGGUGGAGGACUUCUGCGCCAGGCUGAAGAAGCUCUUCUGCAUCGGGCUCAUCGCUCUUUUGGGCCACGCCGCUCUGAAGGGGUACGACGAGGAGGACGCGCUUCUGAAGGACUGGGGUGAGAAGAUGAAGACUGUCCAGUUGAAAAUGAAUGCCGUCAUUGAAGACUGCAUCGUCAGCUUCCCCGAAGAGGCUGAGAAGGAUUCCCGUCGACUGAUGAGAGGCGAGUCAAACCUAACCAACCAGCAGCUAGCUGAUGCUAUCAUAGAGAAACUAAAGAAGAAGUAUGACUGGGUGGGCUGGUCCGUGCGUGUUUUCAAGUCCCCUUCAGGCCUGUUUGCCAACAAGAAGGAUUACCACUGCCCGACCGGGAAGAGUCGCUUCCAUGUCACUUCAUCAGAUGAGAAACUUAACAUCUGGGUGUCCUACAGCUCCUCGCCCGAGCCUGUGGAUAGCAAUCACAUCCAGCAGCUGAUCCAGAGUCAGAAGAAGCUCACGGUGGUGGGUGUAGCCGAGGUCCUGUUCGAGAAGUUGCCCGGCUCCUGCGUGGUCCACACGGUCAAAACCAGCAAAGACCUGGCCUGCUCCUGGAGCUUCACAGAUGAGCUCCACUACUGGGGGGAGCACAAGAACUUCUUCGUCUGCGUUCACUCGGCCUGAAGUUUUUAGACGCUGAAAAAACUCUCAAAAGUCAAUCAUUCAGUUCGUAGGUUACUUCAUAUUCACACGCUGCCUUAGCCUUCAAAUACUACAGUUUGUGCCUUAAUUGAGCCUAUUUCUAAUAAUUUCUAGAGAUGUCUACUGUUAGUUUCUUGCAUUUGGGGUGCAUCAAAUCAGGUCAAUUUUAUUAACACAAUUCAAUAUCACAAAUUUGUCUUAAAGGGUUUUACAAUCAGUCUAGUAUACAACAACCCUUUAUCCUUAGAAUUUUGACUUUAAUUGGGGGGAAAAAGGGAGGAAACCUCAGGAGGGAUCCCUCUCCCAUGACGGACAGAGAUGCAAUAGAUGUGUACAGACUUCCACAAGAAAGCAACUCUCUUUAACUAAGAAUAAUGACCUUUGAUCCCAUGCAACUGUGCUUUGUUUACUUCUCAGAACAGGCAGAAAAGCUCUCCCCCUUUUGUUUAGGCUGUAUUAUAUCCAUAUAUAUAUGUUAUGAAAUUGCUCUAUCCUGUAAGUUGUUGACUUAGAAUCCGGCUGUGUUACAGAGAUAAUGUGUUGCUGGUGGUGAUAAGCGGUGACCUCGCCUUGUUGAGGACAUAUACGCUAAAGCUAUGAGAGAAAAACAUCUCCAGAUAUUUUCACAGACUGACAGAAACCUUCAUUUUGAUUUAAUUUCUUGUACUCAUCUGAGAAGAAUAGUAAACCCUGGGACUGCCUGCUGUACAGCACAAACAAAGCAGAAGAUACAAGACCCCAAAUAACAUUUUCUGUGGUGAGCUGGUGCCCAUGAAACUUUAUUUACACACCCUGCCACGAACAUGCCAAGGCGUAGUGACGGCAACUCUUUGUUUACAUACCGAUGUCUAGCAUAGCUACUCUUGUGUCACAUCUUUACCUUUGUGGUUGUGCAACACAAACUGGAAAGUUGUACCUGCUCAAAGGUGGAAGAUUUAUUUAGUUAGUUGAAUUUUGGAAAAGAUAAAUCAUGGGUUGGGAUCUUUUGUUUUUCUUUUAGAGAUUUUGAUCAAAAUUUGUACAACAUCAACACUACUUUGUAAGAACUAUGUUAUGUAGACACUGAAAAAAAAGACACCACUGACGUGUUGUUGUUGUUGUUGUUUUGGAUAAUUUUGUUUUAUAUUUUAAACCGCUGUUAUCUGUAUGUGUAUAUUGUUUAUAUGAUUUCACCUAUAAGUUUAAUAAUGUCUUUACUUAUUUUAAUAUUUGACCAAAACAUUCCCCCUUAUAACGGUAGAUAUCAAUACAAAAUGUUCAUGUUGCACUGUUUUUUACUAUUUCUAUUUUCAUACAGUACAUUUGGAAUAUCAGUGUCUUGAGCUGAGUGAAAAGUACACCAAAACAAUGAAUGUAAAACAUCUUCCAAAUAAACUAAGUCAUACAUCAUUUGUUUGUGUAUUUCUGUGACUGAUUCACAGUUUCUCUGGAUUUUAUGACACAGACACCUCUGACUGUCUGUCUGGUUACAGGACUCACUGAAAAAAUGAAUCAAAUCUGAUUUUGUCUUUUUUAGGGGGGAUUGGUCAUGGUUUUG